CAAGUUCUUUCUCUUGUCCCUUCACUCUUGCUCACUGUCAUCCUUCCUGUCUUCCAAAAGUUCAUCAGUAACUCCACCAUGUCGUCCAUCAGCCUUCUCUUCUCCCCCCAAUCCGCUCUCCUCAUCUUCCUCCUUCUCCUUGUUUACAUCAGCUACACCAUCUACCAAGCCUUCUUCGGACCCCUCUCCAAACUCCCAGGUCCAUUGAUAGCGAAAUUCACUAAUUUCUGGAGAAUCAAAAACGCAGCUUCUGGCAACGCACCAGCCAAUUUCCAAGACCUGCAUAGGAAGUAUGGAACUGUUGUUCGGACGGGACCGAAUCAUGUCUCUAUCAGCGAUCCAGCGAUGAUUCCAUCUUCAUUCUACGACGUCUUCACACCCAAGAACGCAGGCAAAAGCUAUCCCAGCAUCUUCACCCUACAAUCCCAAGACGCACACCGCCAACUCAAAGCCGGAAUCGCGCAGAAAUACUCCCUUUCCUCUCUCCUUAGUCUCGAGCCAAUGGUCGAUAACGUUACUCGAAACUUCAUGUCUACUCUCCACGAACGAGCGUCUUCGGGAACGAGAUUGGAUCUGGGAGAAUGGGUACAGUUUUAUGCUUUUGAUGUGAUUGGUGCUAUUACUUUUACUGGGACAUUUGGGUUUAUUGAUAAAGGGUGUGAUGAGAGAGGUAUUCUUAGGGGUUUGGAUGGGGGACUGAUUUAUGGAGCGGUGGUGGGGCAAGUUCCAGGGUGGCAUGAGUGGUUGAUGGGGAGUUCUUUUUUGCAGGAGACAGUGAUGAAGAUACCGGUUUUGGCGGCGGGGAAUCCUGUUCCGAUUGUUGUCCAGAUGAUUAAGGAUGCUCUAGCUUCGAAUGCUAAGGAUGGAGCAGAGUCUACGAGAGAGGAUUUCAUAACAUUUAUGAGGAAGCAGAACGAGAAGGAUCCUGAGAGAAUGUCAGAGGAUGUUAUGAUUAAUCACAUGUUUGUUAAUCUGCUGGCAGGAAGUGACACAACAGCCAUUUCGCUUCGAUCAAUCUUCUACCUUCUUAUGAAGAACCCUUGCGUUUACGCAAAGCUACAAGCCGAGAUCGAUGCAGCGGAUUCCAAAGGCCUGUUGUCACCGAUUAUCACGUAUUCCGAGGGUCAGGAACAUGUUCCGUACUUAGCAAACGUAAUUAAAGAAUCUCUCCGCCUUCACCCCGCCGUCGCUCUCCCCCUGGAACGUAUCGUCCCCACUUCCUCUCCUCUACAAACUCAAUCGCACACCAUACCCGCAGGAGCGGUGGUAGGAAUCAAUGCCUGGGUUGUGCAUUACGAUAAAAAUGUUUUCGGUCAAGAUGCAAGGGUUUUCAGACCAGAAAGAUGGAGUGAAGAAAAUGGAGAGAGGUUGAAGAUGAUGGAGAGGAGUUUCUUUGCUUUUGGACAUGGGAGUCGGAGUUGUGUGGGGAAAAAUAUUUCUUUGAUGGAAAUGGGCAAGUUUGUCCCGCAGUUCUUGAGGGAAUUUGAGAUUUCUUGGGAUGGAGACGAGGAUGGAUGGAAAGUUGACAACACCUGGUUUGCGAAGCAAUCUGGCGUUUUUGUCAGGUAUAGGAGUCGUGAGAGGAAGGCUGUCUUUGCUUGAGCAUAAGCAGGUUUUUAGCGCGUUUUUCUUUCCCCCCUUCUCCAUAGAAAGGAGUCGUUUUGGGGCUAGGACAGGUUGUAAAUGCUGGAGAAUGACAU